AUGAGUGAAAAUAUAGAUCGAAUAUCGAUAGAAAAUGACCCCUACUCCGAUAGUGGAUCAGAAUAUACACCAGAAAAUGAGGAGAAUUCAACUAAUUGUGACGAGGGUUCUGGUAGAAGAAUUUGUCUCAACAAAAGCGUUAGAAGAGUCCAUGUGUAUUGCAAAAAUGAACCAAAUGCGAUAUUUUAUAAAGGAACACUGCAAAACGAUUAUCCGUUUAAUAAGAUCAACAUUGCAAAGGCUCCUGCAAAAGGAAGGCCUCCCAAUUUGGUUAAUAUUGUUCAAGAACCACUUUAUCCAAAUCGUAGGCCUGUCAAGCCGGUUAAAAAGAAGCACAUGUCUGAUUUGCUGCCUUACAUUUCCCUGCACUACCACCCUUUGCCAGUAGUUAAUGAGAGAACCCGAGCUUCGAAAGUUAAUAUGAGGGUAGAAAAUAAUGUCAGUGAUAGUGACGAUUCUGACUACAUAGACUAA